AUGGGUUUGGAUUCACUUCAAUAUGUAUAUUCUCACCACUACUCCACAAAUCCCAUUAUGGAUUCUUUAGUCCGAAGUAGUGUUGAAACUGCUUUUGGGCUAGAAGAAUCAGUGCAGAAACACUGCUGCAUUUCUUNCCUUAGUCCUAUUGUUCAACAAAACCAAGAGUUUAGCAUUCAGAGUGAAGACUUUCCAGCAUUAUCUAGAUUUAAAGGUGGCAAUGUUGAUUAUGGCAUGGACAUUCAUCAGAAAGAUCAACAUGAAAAUUCUGUGCCUAUCAUGCAGUCUCAGCAGUUCUCUAUUGGGAGAUCUGCUGGAUUUAACCUAGGGAGCACAUACUCACAUCGACCCCAGCAGCAACAGCAACAUUCUCCUGCAGUCAGCAACAGCACGGUGUCCUUUCCGCCUGCUAAUAAUCAGGAUCUCCUCCAUUUACAUGGAUCAGAUAUAUUUCCAUCUUCACAUGCUGCAUCCUAUCACCAGCAGUCUAGUGGGCCUCCUGGUAUUGGUUUAAGACCUCUGAGCUCUCCUAACUCAGUGUCUGGAAUGGGUUAUGACCAACUUAUUCAGCAAUAUCAGCAGCAUCACAGUCAACCGCAGUUCCGGUUGCAACAUAUGUCUGGUGUUAGCCAAUCAUUUAGAGAUCAAGGGAUGAAGUCUAUGCAGGCAGCUCAAUCUUCUCCUGACCCAUUCGGUUUACUUGGUUUGUUAAGUGUAAUAAGGUUGAGUGAUCCUGAUCUUGCAUCCCUUGCGCUCGGGAUUGAUUUGACCACGUUAGGAUUAAAUUUGAAUUCAGCAGAUAACCUUCACAAGACUUUUGGUUCCCCGUGGUCUGAUGAGCCUGCUAAGGGUGAUCCAGAUUUCAAUGUACCUCAGUGUUAUCUUAUUAAACCACCACCUUCUCUGCAUCAAGGAUACUUCUCAAAAUUCACUUUGGAAACGCUGUUUUAUAUAUUUUUCAGCAUGCCCAAAGAUGAAGCUCAGUUGUAUGCUGCAAAUGAACUUUAUAAUAGAGGCUGGUUUUAUCACAAAGAACAUCGAUUCUGGUUCAUUCGGGUCUCUAAUAUGGAACCGCUUGUGAAAACUAGCUCGUACGAGAGAGGAUCUUAUCUCUGUUUUGACCCUCACACAUUUGAAACUGUCCGCAAGGAUAAUUUUGUGCUUCACUACGAGAUGGUGGAAAAGAGACCAGCUCUACCGCAACAUUAGCCAUUCUCUUUUUCCUUUUUAUUAAAUGUAAAAAGGUAAUUUGUGGAUUUUUGUGUUAUUAGCCAUAGUUGUGUUUGUAGAAGUAAUAUUCUGUUAAUUUGAUAAUUUUAUAUCCAUCCAUUAUGAUGUGGGGGCCCCCUUGUUAUUGUAAUGAGCCGUUUUUGCUUCCCGGAAAAGGACAACUGUAACGAGGCAUAUGUUUGAUCACCCGUCGUUCUACAUGAUGAUAUAUUUGGUUAUUAGCUUAGUUUAGUUUGUUGAACUUUAUCAUAUUAAUAAUAAUACCCAAUUGAUUAAAUA